AUGACGUUUUCGUGGUGCUUUCGGCUCAAGGAUGUCUUUGUUGACAUCCCAUUGUGUUGGUUUGUGAACUUGGAUACAUUGCGGCGGAUGAAACUAUGGUCGCUGAGGACCUGGAGCCUCCUAUGCUUGGCCACUUUCUCCGGGGGCAUCCGGACGCAGUCCACGGCGGAGCUCUUGAGGCAGGUGUUCUUCAGCAAUGAAGAAGAGGAGACAGCUUUUAGCAGUGCCACUCCAAGCAGUCCGGCCUGGACCAGGGUACCGCCCAGGGGCUGCCAGGCCAACUCUUCGAAGACUUCACAGUUAGAAGGGCAGCCAUUCAUGGCUCCACCCACAGGCACCGUCCUCCACGGCUGCAGCGGCAAGUCGUUGGAUGUGGUCUUGCCCUGCGAGGUGGCUUCAAAAGAGGCGAAUGGUGUCCCGGUGCAGCCAGCGAUUCCGUGGCUCUUGCGUGAGAUGUUAGGCUUCUUCGACUUGAACGUGGCCUGUCUGGAAGAUUUACACCGCAUCAUCACAUCGCCGAGCCGUGCACAACAGCAGCUCAUCGCCAAAUACGUCCACCCGGGGAGCGUCUUUAUCCUGACCAGUAGCAAAUACUCCAUGGGUUUGGAUGUGGCUGCACAAACACAGCUGCGCCGGCUUAGCCUCAUUCACCUGGGGGAUCUGUCGCCCACGUGGGCACAUGCCUACCGGCGCUGGGGUUUUGUUUUUCGAACCUUCUGGACGGAUGAUUUGCACCACAGCUAUGAGAAGCUAGUGAAGGAGGGCCGCUUGACGUACCUCCCCCUGGGCCCCACGCCUCAACUGAUGUGGCACGGCGUUUCGCAGCUGCAGAACGCAUCACAGAGACCUGUGAAGAUCUACUUCGGCGGUUCGAGCCAGCAACGCCAGUCCCGCUUGCUGCAAGCUCAGAAGCUGCUGGGUAAGGACCUGGUACUGGAAAGCACGGGUGCCUCGAAGAUUCGAUCUGGCUAUGACCAGCACUACCUUCAUCAGCUCUUUAGCAGUGCCAUGUGUCUUCAAGUGCCGGGUCAAUCCAUAGAGAGUUUCCGGCUCUACGAGUCAUUGGAGGCCGGCUGCAUUCCCGUGGUGGUGCGCAGCUGGAGUCAGGGCGGUGAUCCCUUGGUGAAGCUGCAGGUGGGGCUG